AUGCCAUUUCCUGUGCCCCGUCUUACCAACACUGAGGGAGACAUAUGGGAAACCCACGAGCCGGUUAUUCGUCGGCUAUAUGAGACUCAGCGGAAAACUCUCAAGGAAGUCAAGCAAAUCAUGGAACAAGACUAUGCAUUCCCCGAAAUGUCUCUGUGGAUGUACGAAACAAAACUUCGAGACAAAUUCAAGCUGCGGAAAAAGCUCAGGAAGGAUGACUGGCCGAUUGUUUAUCAACAUUUCCGAAAGAGAGACGGAAAAGAUACAGGCGUUUACCUCAAUGGCACGGAAAUACCGUGGAAGAAAGCCUGGAAGGAGAUGAGAAGAUCCGGAGCCCUAUCGGCUGGUGGUAGCCGAAAUGCACCUCCUCCGCUCCCAGACGGCGUAGAUGUCCGGACACCAUCUCCUGCAAGACCGUCAACACCACAUAUUGCACCAUUAAACGAACCAGCUUCGGUGUGUUCUAUGGUGCCUUCUCCGAACUUCGUUGCACGGGACCUUCAAGCAUAUACUUGCCAGCAAGCGCCAAGAGUACUUCAUGAGGGAGUUCCCGUGGAACAACACCUCGAGAGCGCAGUAUUUCUCGACCCGGGUCUGAUGACCUACAAGAUCUUCCUCGAAACUAUUCCAUGGAAAAAUUUCACUGUCACACAAUUAGCGAAAGUAAACAGCACGCAUCAGCUCUCUACGAAUUAUGAAAAACUGCAACAGUCUCAAUUUGAACGCGAUUCGAGAAUGGAGUUUUUGAAUCUCAGAUCCUGCCUCCACCCGUUUAAUAUACUCAAAUUCAAAUUGAGUCCAGCCGCUUCCGCCCUGCGCGAUGAGAUCCCCGCCUCAACAGCUGUUGCCUUGGAGUUCAACACAUAUCAUUUCUUAGCACGAGCUAUAUAUGAGUUAUCCAACAAUCUGUCCACCUUACCGCGCCAGCGUCCAGAACUUUUCAAGAUCCUCUUUGAACGGAUAUCCAGGGAUCUCCUUUUCCAGCUACUUGCGAGUGAUCUUCCCACUGCAAGAGCUGUAUGGGAAAGCAUAAUUUCUGCUGCCUUCAUCCUUGAUUAUAAGAAUGAAUUUACCUUUUUUAUUGAGAUUGGUAUUCAACACCCAGACUGGAUCCUUUCAGAUGGCGGCUUUUAUAUCUCCAUUGCUGCGUGGAUGAAUACACCUGAUAUUGUGCAGCGUCUACUCGAGAUAGAAGCUUGCCCUGGCAAGAAACACGCCCCUGGUUUCUUCCCUCGACUAAUAGAGCCUGCUAUUAUUCAUGCUGUUUAUAAUGGCAACCCGGAAUGUGCAAUGCUCCUGGCGAAUAGUAUCGAAAUACUUGGCGUGCUCCUUCAUUUUGGAAUGAGUCUUCGAGACGUAGCCAUCUCACAGGCAGAUUUAUUGGAAGCAUGCCUCGGAUAUCAGAGUCUCAACUACUUUGGCAGUUUUUAUUCCAGGCGAUUGGAUCUUUUUGAACUACUUCUAAGACACGGCGCUUCUGUUACUCAUGGCUCACCCCUCGCUUGCCUGAUCAAUGUCGGAGGCCAUGACGAGUUGGCGCUUGAGCUUCUGACGGCGGGCGCCGAUGUCAAUGCGUAUGCAACAACCCGCAACAGCAAGUUACAAUUUACCCCCGUGCAAGCCGCAGCUGCACGAGGAAACCUGAAGCUGGUGUCUCUGUUGGUGCAGAGGGGAGCUGACAUCAACAAGCCACCUUCAGGACGUUUUGGGCGGACAGCCCUGCAGGCUGCUUGCGACUGGGAUCACUCAUCAACUGAGGACCUGAGCACUAGGUCGGAUUUGAUCCGAUUCUUGAUUGAUGAGGGCGCUGAGAUCAAUUAUUCCAAGUACGGAGUUACUGCGCUCGAAAUCGCUGCAUUUCGCGGACAUCUGGAAGUUGUGGUUAUGCUUCUUGACCAUGGCGCCAUUCUUAACCGGCCUCCUAUCAAUGCCACUGACGGUACCGAAGACAUAUAUUCUGCUUUGGAUUUUGCUGCUUCGGAGGGCCGUCUUGAUGUCGUUCAGCUCCUACUAAGUGCUGGGGCAGUCAGUCGUGAUCCGGGCAAGACUGGAUACGACCGAGCCAUUGCUCUCGCUGAGCGUAGAAGCUUAUUUGCUGUGGCUAGUCUCAUACGAAACCACGUGCAGUUUUGCGGCGGUCUUUGA